CACGAGCUACAGGCUGAGUUGGAACGGUUGCGAAACGAGGUUCCGCGAAUACGAGAGGCGAUUCGAUUGGCCCGAGCCGACGGGGACGUACGCGAGAACUCGCCAUUGGAUGCCGCCCGAGAGCAGCAGCAAUUCACCGAACGACGGAUUCGUCAGUUGCAAAACGAUCUCGCCCGGGUUGAAAUCGUGGAUGCUGCCAACGCCGACACCGAGAAGGUGAGUAUCGGAUCCCGCGUUACCCUGCAAGACAUGACGCUCCUGACGCGGCGGAUAUUUACGCUGGUUGAUAUCCGGGAGGCGGACGUAUCCGCCGGCAAGAUUUCGACAGUUUCGCCCAUAGGCCAAGCUUUGAUGGGGCGUUCGGCAGGUGAUGAACUUACCAUCAACACCCCCAGCGGAUCGGGUCCAACUCCGCAUAGAAGGUAUCGGGGGAUAGCGAUCUGGCGGCACGUACACGGUGCGCCGCCAGACUGCAACGGUUAG